AUGGCAGAGGAACAACGGAGACAGAUAGAACAGUUAAUGGGAAGGCAUUCACAACUGCUGUCGAUACGACAAUAUCGUGAUCCUGAUAUGACCUCACCACAGGUGUGCAAGGCAUUUGUGGUGGGCACUUGUCCUCAUGACCUAUUUGUAGGGACCAAAUCAGACUUGGGAAAAUGUCCCAACCUACAUCUUCAGAAACACAAAUUGGAAUAUGAAUACAAGACGAAGAAAUUGGGUCAAAAAUUUCCUGAAAUGGAAGCUGAAUAUUUCGAGAUUUUGCAAAAGUACGUACGAGAUCUUGAUAGAACCAUAUCAGUAGCGCAAAAGAGAUUGGAGCAUACACCUGAAGAGAAAGAAAGGAUUGCACAGAUUACAAGAGACUUGGAUGAGUUGGAUAUAGAGAUUGGGUUGAUGAUUCAGGAACUAAACUAUCUAAUCAAGCUAAACCAAAGUGAAGAUGAUGAUCAAACAUUGAAAAUUAUUGACUUGUCAAUUAAAUUGAAUCAGAAAUCCAAAGAAAGAGAUACUGCCAGCAAGCAAGCAAGAAAUGUCAUUGAAAAUGUUGGUCAAACGUCACAACAGAAAUUGCAAGUGUGUGAUGGAUGUGGUGCUUAUUUGUCUCGAUUGGAUAAUGACAGGCGGUUGGCAGAUCAUUUUGUUGGGAAAAUACAUUUGGGGUAUGUUCAAUUGAGACAAGCGUACGUUGAGAUGAAAAGUAAAAGGCGUUUAUAA